AAAUAGAGCAAUAAAAACUUGUCAAUUAGGUAAGCAACAAACAAGAAGUUUUCAACUCAUUAAGCUUUAUUUUAGCGAUCAAAUUCAGAAAUGGAGAAGAGCAAGUCGUACCCAGAAUACUCAUCAUCUUUCUCCGGCGAGUUCGGGUCGAAUUCAUAUAGCUUCAACGGGCCGUACCAUAAAGGAAAUGGGUUUGCAUCAUCCAACGAUCCGGAGCUAAAAAGAAAGAAGAGGAUAGCUUCUUAUAACGUGUUUACAGUGGAAGGGAAGCUCAAAUCCAGUGUAAGGAGCAGCUUCAAGUGGAUCAAGAACAAAUUUAAUACUGAUGUUCGUUAUGGUAUGUGAUUAAGUUAAUAUUAUACAUAUAUAUAAUAUGGAGUACAUAUUUAUGGUUUUUGUGCUUUGGAGAUCAAAGAGAGAGAAUUUUGUUUUUCUCUCAGAGAGGAGAAAUUGGGGAUUUUCUUUUCUUUUCUUUUUGUUUUAAUUUUGUGAUCUUUCUGUUAUGGAUCAUGCAUGCUAUGCAUGCAUCAUGCAAGUUGAGUGAUUUGCAUGUAUGUCUCUUGGAUGCAGAAAAGAAAAGAUGAUAUGAUUUUUUCUUUUCAAUUUUGUCUUCUUUAA